CGAAUCCCAAGUCGGGCUCAAUGCGUACAAGGCCUGUAACCUCUCCCCAACUUCGUCGAAGAUGUCUCGAGCCCGCUUCCGACGUGCAACCGUAUGUUAUCGUGGCUUCUUUAUUCAACGAGUAUCAUGUGUGUCUUCCCUCGGACAUCGUCUCUAUGUCUCGCUGGCGAGCGCGCGUUCACUGACUGACGACAUCUCUCAAAUAGGCGCCGGGAGGCCUAGGUAACCUGGCUGUGCAUAAACUCAUUCAUAUACCGGCAUAGAAGACAACCC